GGAGGCCAGUAAGUGACCCCACCCCCAGGCCGCAGGCUUCUUCCGGCGCAGGUCCGCACAGGUGUUCUGCUGCUCACAAACGCUGAAUGCCACCAUGGCGGAGCUGCAGGAGGUGCAGAUCACCGAGGAGAAGCCACUGUUGCCAGGACAGACACCCGAGGCAGCCAAGGAGGCUGAGUUAGCUGCCCGAAUCCUCCUGGACCAGGGACAGACUCACUCUGUGGAGACACCUUACGGCUCUGUCACUUUUACGGUCUAUGGCACCCCCAAACCCAAACGCCCAGCGAUCCUCACCUACCACGACGUGGGUCUCAAUUAUAAAUCUUGCUUCCAGCCGCUAUUUCAGUUCGGAGAUAUGCAGGAAAUCAUUCAGAACUUCGUGCGGGUUCAUGUGGAUGCCCCUGGAAUGGAAGAGGGGGCUCCUGUGUUCCCUUUGGGAUAUCAGUACCCGUCUCUGGACCAGCUCGCAGACAUGAUCCCUUGCAUCCUGCAAUACCUAAAUUUCUCUACAAUAAUUGGAGUUGGCGUUGGAGCUGGGGCCUACAUCCUGUCACGAUACGCUCUUGCCCACCCAGACACAGUGGAAGGUCUUGUCCUCAUCAACAUUGAUCCCAACGCCAAGGGUUGGAUGGACUGGGCAGCCCACAAGCUAACAGGCCUCACCUCUUCCAUUCCGGAAAUGAUCCUUGGACAUCUUUUUAGCCAGGAAGAAUUGUCUGGAAAUUCUGAGUUGAUACAAAAAUAUAGAAAUAUCAUUACACAUGCACCCAACCUGGAGAACAUUGAGCUGUACUGGAACAGCUACAACAACCGCCGAGACCUGAACUUUGAGCGCGGAGGUGACGUCACUCUCAAGUGCCCCGUGAUGCUGGUGGUAGGAGACCAAGCACCCCAUGAAGAUGCAGUGGUGGAAUGUAACUCAAAACUGGACCCCACCCAGACCUCAUUUCUCAAGAUGGCUGACUCUGGAGGUCAGCCCCAGCUGACUCAGCCAGGCAAGCUGACCGAGGCCUUCAAGUACUUCCUGCAAGGCAUGGGCUACAUGGCCUCAUCCUGCAUGACCCGCCUGUCCCGGUCUCGCACAGCCUCUCUGACCAGCGCAGCAUCCAUCGACGGCAGCCGGUCCCGCUCUCGCACCCUGUCCCAGAGCAGCGAGUCUGGGACUCUCCCUUCAGGGCCCCCGGGGCACACCAUGGAGGUCUCCUGUUGAAUGACCCUUGGUGCCCUGGUGUGGGACCCAGCCCUCUCCUCCUCAAGCUCUAACCUGGGAGGUGCAUAAGGGCACUGGGCCAGAGUAAGCAAGGGAAAAUGGGCAGAUCAUGUGGAGGAAUGACCUUGAUCUUUGAUUGCUACCCUAACCUUGACCUUUAACCUGUGAUCCCCCGGCUGUGGGGAGAGAUGUCCUAAUAUCUUAGGGAACCAGACCCCUAAAUUAUGCCCCUCACCAGUUUUGGUGUUAAGGUGGAGAGGGUCUGCAUCCUCGCCCCCGAUGUAGGUGUCUCUAGGGGGAUAAGAGGUUGUUGUAGUUGUCAGGGUCUGACUACUUAUCCCACA